AUGACGACGACGACGAAGGAUGCCGAUGCACAAGGCCAACAAAUUGUAUUGGUUUUUGGAACAAUAGCCACAAAUAACAAUCAACUUGGUGUUAUGAUCAAAAAGACCAACGAAACAAAGAAGGCCAAUGAGAUCAAAGAGACAACCAAUACCAAUGUGAUAAAUGAGGCCAACGAGACCAACGAGGCCAACGAAACAAACGAGUCCAACGAGACCAAGGAGGCCAACAAGACCAAAGAGAACAACGAGACCAACGAGACCAAGGACAAGGAGGCCAACGAGACCAACGAGACCAAGGACAAGGAGGCCAACGAGACCAAAGAGACCAACGAGAUCAACGAGACUAACGAGACCAACGAGACCAACGAACGAGACCAACGAGACCAACGAGACCAACGAGACCAACGAGACCAACGAGACCAACGAGACCAACGAGACCAACGAGACCAAACAGACCAACGAGACUAUCGAGACCAACGAGACCAACGAGACCAACGAGACCAAUGA